CAGAGGGAGGGCAGCGACAUAAUCUCACUAAUAGAACAAGUUCAGUGGACUCUGGGCGCUCGUGAAACCAAACCAUCACCAGCCAUUUACGGUGUCUAUUUUUUUUUCAUGUGGCUCUGGGACAGCAGCUUUCCAACCCCUUCCAAAUCCUCGUUACUUUUAUGAAUCUAGCUAACUUCUCUUACUUCUCGGGCAUGUGCAACAUGACGGCGGAGUCGCAGCACUCGCCAGCCGAGGCAGCCAGUCCAGUGGUGGUGUCACCCAACGUUAGCCUGGACUCGCCGAUACCUCCAUCUCUGCUACAUCAAGCUCGAACCAAAGAUGGGGUCCUCAUUAAGUCUGAACCGCGGGGUAGCAGUCCCAACACCGACCGAGAGGAGGGGGCAUCUUUGGGUCAAACCGAGGAGCAUCUGCCGCCAAGUGGGAGUCGACGUAGGAAAAGGCCGGUACAGCGCGGAAAGCCUCCAUACAGUUACAUAGCCUUAAUAGCUAUGGCCAUAGCCAAUUCCCCUGAGAGAAAACUCACCUUGGGUGGCAUCUAUAAAUUCAUAAUGGAACGCUUUCCCUUUUACCGCGAAAACUCCAAGAAGUGGCAGAACUCAAUAAGACAUAACUUAACAUUGAAUGACUGUUUUGUAAAGAUUCCAAGAGAACCCGGGAGGCCGGGUAAAGGCAAUUACUGGACACUGGAUCCUGCAGCUGAAGACAUGUUUGACAACGGUAGCUUUCUGCGGAGAAGAAAGCGGUUCAAGCGCACUGACGUUAGUACAUAUCCCGGCUACAUGCAGAGCUCCAGCGCCUUUACGCCAGCUCCUAUGGGUAGACCGACAUACCCAAACACACUGUAUCCUGGAAUGGCAUCCAGCUACGGUUCACAGCUGGGGGGAUCCCCUCACCCCGCCAUGCUACAUCAUUACCAGGCCUCGGCCGGGGUCGCUCAAGGACAGCCGAGGAUGUUCAGCAUCGACAACAUCAUUAAUCAGCAAACUGUCAUGCAGAGCGGGCCUGGAGGAGAGCUCAAUCCUCAAGCGCUUGGUUUGGGGACUGGCGACCUGGGGAACAUGUCGGCCAGUUGUUCGAUAUCCGGCACCGACCCCAGCUGCUAUCAAACGCAGUCAGUAAAUCCCACCGCAAACAUGCUAAGUAGAAACAGUGGCACCCUAACUUCAAAUCUCACGUCAGGGUAUCCUUACGCCACCUCGGGGUCUCCUCCUCACUUAGCCGCGGUUUCACAAUCCGGUUUCUCACCGGGUAGCUCACAGGUGUACUGUACCGGCAACAGAAUCUCGUUACCUCCUGUGCGCUCUGGGUCUUGUGCCGAGCACACAGAACAGCUCCUUGGACUAUCCGGGCCCGCUAUGAACUCCUAUAACAACUCUUACAUGAGACAGACCAACUUUGCCUCAGGCCUGGAACGGUACAUGUGAGAGAGCAGAGACAAAACCCAGAGACGGAUGAACGGCCAGUACAUUCCAGAUACCACAAACAUUCCAGCAUUUUGGUCUUGUGUUAGUUAAUGACUUUGUUAUCCUUGUGUAUGAAACUGUUUAACACUUGAAUAGUCUUUUGACGGCAUUAUAAAACCUACUGACAUCAAUUUAAGUGUAGGCCGUGUAGGCUACUGAGUGUUGAUGUGGAAUGUCUCAGAAGUCUUGAAAUAUGUCUUCGUGAUUUCGUGAUAGCUGCCAUCAUAUUUAAAUGAGAACAA